CUCGAUUUAGGUGUGGUGGAUUUGCCAUUGCCCUGCGCCUGAACCACACAAUGAGUGAUGGAGCUGGUCUGGUCCAAUUCCUCAGUGCAAUCACCGUUCGCCCAAGGGAAAGAAGUCACUGCACCUUCUGUGUCACCUGUGUGGCAAAGGGAGCUCCUAUCCGCAAGACAUCCUCCCCGAAUUACAUGCCUUCACCACGAAUACGAAGAAGUGCUCGACACCAAUAACGAUGAUGCCAACUCAACCUCGAUCCAAAAACCUUUCUUCUUUGGUCCCAAGGCGAUCAGAGCUAUUCGAAACCAUCUCCCCCCACAUGCAAGUGCCACCACAUUUGAGGUCUUGACCGCGUGCUUGUGGAGGUGUCGCACUCGUGCACUCGUGCUAGACCCCAACAACACCGUCAGAGUUUCGUGCCUUGUCAAUGGUCGCAGCUUGCCUGGCCUGAUUGUGCCUCACGGGUACUACGGCUACGUUAUUACCUAUCCUAGGAAGUGGAUUUUGGGUGGGGGAAACCAGUGUAUGGCGGCUCCACCAGGUCAUUUCCUUUGA